UUGACGAGCAUGCGAUCGUGGUUGCUCGGACCGUUGCUGCUGGUGGCGGGGCUUCGAGCCUGCGCCUUGAUGGCUGGUACAACUGCAGCGAAGGCACGUUCUGGUCGCGCACGGUACCAGCAUCGGCGCGCCGGCUCGAGGAGCUCGUCGCGCCCUUUACCGACGUGAGCGCGGUGCCGGCAACGGCGCAGUGUGGCCAGUACUUCUUGCCGCUGUGCUACGAAGGUGUGUGCACCAGCACCGAGACAAUUCCAGUGUUUGUCAAGCGCCUCCCGGCCACGACGUCGCCUCGCACGGCCAAAGUGCUCUGGGUCCUUCAGGGCGGCCCCGGCGCGUCGUCCGUCAACAUGGAACCGCUCAUGAUUGAGCUCUACGAGCGACUGCAGCGGACAGUCACGGUCAUGACGAUGGACCAUCGGGGCACGGGCCGCAGUUCUCGCCUUGAGUGCCAAGCGGCCCAGGCCAUGACGCGUGGAAGCCCGAGAGGCUCUUCGAUUGCGCUAUCCGAGCUCCCCGACUGCCUCCGUGACAUCAACUUUGUCUACGGUGCCGGAAAUGCCGCGGGGUUCUCAGUCACGAGCGCGGCGCGAGAUAUCUUGACUGUCGUCGACAGCGACCAGUCGAAACAAGAGGUCUACUUGUACGGUGUGAGCUACGGAACGCUCUGGGUCGAGCGCACAAUAGCGCUUCAGAACGCACACUUGAAGACGGGCACCAACAUCCGCGGCUACGUCCUCGACGGCGUCGUGCCCCACUCGGGUCCAGAUCGCCUCUUCUUCCACAACUGGGACCGCGACAUGAGCAACGUUGGCGCGCAGUUCCUCGACCUGUGCCACAAGGACGCCUACUGCCGGUCCAAAUUCACCAACCAGACUCUGCCGGCCACAGUGCAGUCCCUCUACGCGCGCCUCGCGACCAAAAACACGCUCUGCGCGAGCUUUGUCGAUGCCACGUUCGGCGGCGUCAAGGGACUGAAGAGCUUGUUUGGAUCGCUCCUGAUGCGAUCCACCUUGCGGCUUCUGAUCCCAAUCUAUGUGUAUCGCCUCGACCGUUGUUUGCCCCAUGACAUGGAGAUUGUCACUCGAAUCGAAGCCUUCCUGACCGACUACUACUAUGGCGUCGACGACGAUGACGACAACCUCGACUCGGAGAUUCUGUACGCGACGGUCGCGUACGCCGAAAUGUGGGACAAGCAGGCGUCGCCGACCUACGAUUCGAUCAAGGAGCAAUUUGAGUCUGGGGUCAUGGGACUCCGAGAGUACACGCAGUUUCCCUAUUACUGCAUCUACACGGCCGCCACGUCACGCGACUGCCUUCCGUACACCGCCUCGCUCAAUGUCUCGUGGAGCUAUCCGCUCGACCGCUACGACAACCAGCGGCUGCGCAUCCCAACGGGCGCGAGUGUGCUUCUCCUCAACGGCGGCAUGGACCCACAGACGCCGCUGCAUGCGGCACAGAGUCAAUUCAAGCAGUUCCAAGGGAACCAGAAAAAGCUCAUCACAUUUCCGUACGCCCCCCAUGCGAUUUCAUACGUGACGUGGAUGUACCAGCGCCCGUCGACGUGUGGCGCAGAGCUCAUUUUGUCGUAUGUCCGCGUCAGCGGCAUGCUCCAUGCGCUCGACACCUCGUGUACAAGAGACGUACGGGGCUUCACAUUUGAGCUCACGGCGGCGUCGGGCCAGUCGCUCGCGGGUGUCAAUGACCUCUAUGACGGUAUUCCGACAACAAUCUCUGUGCCCGUCAACGCUACGAAAAUGGAGCCGGUAACUCCACCGUCGCCAACCACUAUGCCAUCGAGCACGACUGCGAUCGACGUGGGGGCGGCGCCCGUUGCAACGUCGGCGGCCGGUGGGCAUUUCGGCGACUCGAUGGCGGGUCUCUUUGGCUGCCUCUUUGUCAUCGCCGCCGUCGUGGCCGUCAAGCUGUACCGCGAGAACAAGGCGCUGCGAGAGCUGCAUGUUGAGCUUCGCGACGAUGCGGACGACGCCGCCUAGGCUAAUAGCUAGUGGAUAGUAUCAAGGGAAACUGGAUAGUACAUAUUGGAUAAGGCACUCCGCUGGGUGGAACGACGACGUUAAAUCACAUCAACCCGAGAAGUUCCGUGAG